AUGCCUGCUGAUUCCGACGCGCAGCAAGACCAGCAUCACCCGCCAUCGACUACCCAAGACCCCGCCCUCACAGAAGAGGACCUGGUCGCCAUCCGGGCCACCCUCUCUGCCCUCCGCGACGACACCACACAGGCGUCCCUCUACUACGAUGCUGCCACCAUGGCACCGCUGAAUCCCCUCGCUGCCGCUGCUGUCGCCCGUCUUCGCGCAUACAAGCCACCGCCCUUCCCACUAUGGGACACGCUCCCUGUCCGGAAGCGCGCCGCCGUCCUGAUCCUCCUGUACGCCGACCGGUGGGGUGACCUACGCGUCGUCAUUACCAUGCGUGCUGCGAAUCUCCGCAGCUUCAGCGGGCACGCAGCCCUGCCUGGCGGGAAGGCGGACACGGCGGAGGAGACACCGUAUCAGAUCGCCCGUCGCGAAGCGAGUGAGGAGAUUGGCCUCCCCCAAAACGACUACGGCCUGCCGAAGCCCUUCCGAGUCGAACCUCUCUGCACACUACCGCCAGCGCUCGCCCGAACCCAUCUCGUCGUCACACCCGUCGUCGCCUUUCUCCACGCCGACCGAAAGCUACCAGGCGACGCCUCCCCCUUGGUCGAAGAGGCCAUGAUCCCCCGCCUGGACGCGCGUGAAGUCGCCGCCGUCUUCAGCGCGCCCUUUUACAACUUCCUCAAGCGCGACGACCUCCCCGUUAAGGGUGAGGGCGAGACGCUGCCCGAGGGUGCGUGGUACGACGGCUCGUGGAUCCAGUGGAAGGACGUCCCCUGGCGCGUGCACAACUUCCACGUGCCCGUCAACAACCAGCGCGUGUCCACGCCGCGCCGCGCGAGCAGCAGCGGGCAGGGCAACCUCGCCGGGAAGCUGGAGGAGGAGCAGGCGAACGAGGGGCGCUUCAAGGUCUGGGGGAUGACGGCGCGGGUGCUCCUCGACGCGGCGCGUGUGGCGUUUGCCGAGACGCCCGAGAUGGAGCACAAUGAGGACUAUGGCGACAGAAUGAUCAUUGACAUUGCGGCCAAGGACGGUGUGUUUGAGGAGGUUGCGCAUGCGGAUCGGCCCAAGGACUAUGACAGCGAGCGAGGCAAGAUAUGA